ACCGGCACCGGCCCCUCACACAUCCCUGAUGUUAUGUCAGCAUCGUUUGUUUUGAUAACAAAUUGCAGUUUUAACUCCUCAAUCAAAAAAUCACAAGAAUGCUUCGAAUAACCAACGUCCGCAUUCUAUCGCAAACGGUUCGGGCCGUCCUGGCCCUGGCCGCCGAAGUGCCCCCGACACCACGAAUUGCCACCGUAGUAAAUGCUCCCGGAUUGCUUUCGGCACCGACGCCAGUUGUGCAGCCCGCUCGCGGCUACGCCAAAAGCAAGGACAAAAAGAAGGAAAAGAAAGGCGCUGGGGGCGCCAAAGUGCACAUCAACGAGGACCAGCUGGCCGAGGUCUUCGACGUUGCGGCGCUGCGAACGCUAAUGGAGCGGAAUGUGGCCACCAUGAAGGACGAUUACAUCAAGAACCUUUCGCUGCGAUCGGCGACGGGCGCGAUGGAAACGCUCAAAGUGACGUACGAGGGCAAGGACUACCAGCUGCAGGAACUGGGGCAGAUCGUGCGCAAGAACCCCAAAACGGUGGUGGUGAACUUGGUGUCGUUUCCGCAGACGAUUCCGGCCGUGCUGCAGGCGAUCCAGAAGAGUGGCAUGAACUUGAACCCGCAGCAGGACGGGACGACGCUGUUCGUUCCGGUGCCGAAGGUUACGCGUGAGCACCGCGAGGGGUUGGCGAAAAACGCCAAGACGUUGUUUAUCAAGUGUCGGGACGCGAUCAAGGACGCCCAGAACGGGCAGAUUAAGAAGCUCAAGAAGCAGACGGACAUUUCCGAGGAUUUGAACCACCAGGUGCAGGCGCAGAUCACGGCCAUUGCCAACGAGUACAUUAAGGAGGCGGAGAAAAUGAUGGAGAUUAAGCAGGCCGAGUUGUUGGGGGAUAAGUCGUAGUAGGGGGUUGAAGUUUAAAUAUAGAAUCGCUACCAGGGAUAAUACUCUC